CCGGUUCGUUUAACCUGACGGCAGCGUGUGUGGGUGCAGCUGACUCCAGCCAGAAUGAGCUCUAAAGGAGGAGGCACCGCUCUGACCCGCAGAAACUACAGACUGUCUUCAGACACAGACAAACCCAAAGCUACAGGUAUAGUGAAUGAGAAGCUACUGAGUGACUACCUGUAUCAUGUGUUUCCUUCUGACAAACAAGGACCUGCAGUGGCCUCCCUCAGGAAGCCUCUCGGUUUCCAGGAUCUUGGUGCUCACCUGGAGAGACUUCUGUCUGAGGGAGAGCCCACUGAGGAGAGCAGAGGUAAAGAUCAGGCUACUGAAGGUCGUCUGGGUCCUCAGCCAGUCGUCCUGGAUCACACCAGCGGUUUUGAAGGACUUCUGUUUGUCGACGAUGACCUGUUAGGGGUCAUCGGCCACAGCAACUUCAGCUCCAUCAGAGCCACCACAUGUGUUUAUAAAGGGAAGUGGGCGUACGAGGUGCUGAUCUCCUCCCAGGGUCUCAUGCAGAUCGGGUGGUGUACUCUCAACUGUCGCUUCAACCAGGAGGAGGGUGUGGGCGACACACCUGAUUCAUACGCGUACGAUGGAAACAGAGUGAGAAAGUGGAACGUGACCACCACUAACUACGGAAAGUCGUGGGCGGCAGGAGACAUCGUCAGCUGUCUGAUAGACCUGGACGAGGGAACCAUCACAUUCUGCCUGAAUGGCCAGUCUCUGGGCACAGCGUUCACCAACAUUAAGACGGGUCCAGGUGUCGCAUACUUUCCUGCCAUCAGCCUCUCCUUUAAAGAGUCGGUGGCUUUCAACUUUGGCAGCAGACCGCUCAGAUACCCCGUGGACGGCUACCUGCCCCUGCAGAACCCCCCAGCUGCAGACCUGAUGAAAGCUCACAAACUGCUGGGCUACAUCAAGAACGUCCUCUCCACCGCCAUCGACACACAGGAGGAGAGGCUGGUGGAGAAGGACUGUGCAGUGUGGAGGCUUCAAGGAGAACCCACCGUCCUCGUCACUCUGGCUCACAUCUUCAACCACUUUGCUCCACUCAUGUGUAAAGUCUACCUGGUGGAGGAUGUGCUGAUGAACUUCCUGUUGGGGAUUCUGGAGGGAGGAGGUUCGGUGGAUGAACAUCCGCUUAUACAGCAACUUCUGGAUCUCUUCUGGCUGCUGAUGGAGGACUAUGAAGUGAACGAGUGCCUGAAGCAGCUGAUGAUGUCCUUGCUGAGGGCCUAUCGCUUCUCUCCCAUCAUACCAGACCUGGGCUUCCAGAUCCACUAUCUGCGUCUGACCACGGCCAUCCUGCAUCAUGAGAAGUCCAGAAAAUACCUGCUCAACAAUGUCUUGUUUGAUGUUCUGCGUUCAGUUGUGUUUUUUUACAUCAAGACUCCUCUGAGAGUGAAGGAGGCGGGGCUCGAGGAGCUCAUCCCGACCACCUGGUGGCCCACGCACUUUGACAAGGAGGGUAAAGAUGAGCGUGAGCCCAAAGAUGAGAGUGCAGAUGAACGUCUGAGGCGUCGAGCGUACGAGCGAGGCUGUCAGAGACUCAAAAAGAGGAUUGAAGUGGUGGAAGAGUUGCAGGUUCAGAUCCUGAGGUUGCUGCUCAAUAACAAAGACAAAACAACGGGAGAAGCCUCUCGCUACAUUUUCCUCAACAAGUUCAGAAAAUUCCUCCAGGAAAACGCCAGCAACAGAGGGCACCCGACAGCUCUGUGUCCUCCGGAGUACAUGGUGUGUUUCCUCCACCGCCUCAUCACGGCUGUGAGAGCGUGCUGGGACGAAGGGAACAGGAAGAGUCCAGGCAGCGUCAGCAGUGAAGAGGCCUAUGUCCCUCCCCAACUCUUCUACAACGGGAAGGUGGACUACUUUGACCUGCAGAGACUGGGGGGGCUCCUCUCCCACUUAAAGAAAACACUCAAAGAUGACUUGGCCAGCAAAGCCAACAUCAUCAUCGACCCCGCAGAGAUCCAGGCCACGUCUAUGGACGACCUGGACGAGGAUGAGGAGAGCGGAGCAGCACAGGUUUGUAGGCCGUUUGGUGCAGCAGCAAUGGGUGGAGCUCUCGCGAGGCCCAGCUGGUUGAGCUCUCCCACUUUGGGUCGGGCCAACCGGUUCCUGAGCACGGCUGCUGUCAGUCUCAUGACCCCCAGACGACCCCUCACUCAGCCUGAGAAAGUGAAGGUUCGCACCCUCGCUGUGGAGCAGAGGACGGAGGAGGACAUCGAGGGAAGCCAUGGUAACGACGGCCUGUUGCUGGGGCGACCGCUGGAGGAGCCCGAUCAGGCAAUAGCAGACAAGUCCCUGUUGGAGAUAGUUGAUGGGAUCGUGAUGAUGUACAACCUGAGCGUUCAUCAGCAGCUGGGAAAGAUGGUGGUGGUGUCAGACGACGUGCACGAAUACGCCGUGGCUCUGAAGGACACGGAGGAGAAGAUCGCUCGAUGCCCCGCGCGGAGACCCGACAUCCUGGAGGAGCUCCAGAAAAGCCAGAAGGUGUUUGCAGAGAAGCUGAACCACCUCAGCAGGAGACUGGCCUGGAUCAACGCCACCAUCUACUCCAAGGAGAAGAUGUUGGAUGUGUACUGGCUGCUGUGCGUUUGUAUUCGCACCAUUGAACACGCCGACAACACCGGCUCCUUGUUCGCCUUCGCUCCAGAGUUCUACCUCAAUGUCGCCAUGAAUGCAUACAGCGCCCUUAAGAACUACUUCAGCCCCGCAAACAGCAUGGAGGAACUGCCAGGCUACGAAGAAACAUUGACUCAACUAGCUGCUAUCCUUGCUAAGCACUUUGCAGAUCCACGCAUAGUUGGAACAGAUAUCAAAGACUCUCUAAUGCAGGCACUGGCCAGCUACGUCUGCUACCCACAAUCCCUCAGGGCGGUGGAGAGGAUCCCCGAGGAACAACGUGUCGCCAUGAUGAGGAAUCUGCUGGCUCCAUAUGAACAGAGACCCUGGGCUCAGACCAACUGGAUCCUGGUCAGACUCUGGAGGGGCUGUGGUUUUGGCUACAGAUACACUCGCCUGCCUCAUCUCCUGAAGACCAAACCUGAGGACGCCAACCUGCCCAGUCUGCAGAAGCCGUGUCCGUCGCUUCUGCUGCAGAGACACAUGGCGCAGCUGCUGAGUAUGGACAAAGACAUGGCCGCCUCGUUCCUCAACAGUGUCCUGAACCAGCUCAACUGGGCCUUCUCCGAGUUCAUUGGCAUGAUCCAGGAGAUCCAGCAGGCAGCAGAGCGUCCAGAGAGGAACUUUGUGGACACUCGUCAGCUGAAGGUGUGCGCGACCUGCUUCGACCUGUCAGUCAGCCUGCUGCGUGUGCUGGAGAUGACCGUCACUCUGGUCCCUGAGAUCUUCCUGGACUGGUCCCGCCCCUCCGCAGAGCUGCUCCUCAGACGACUGGCUCAGCUGUUGAACCAGGUGUUAAACAGAGUAACAGCAGAGAAGAACUUGUUUGAUCGUGUUGUCAACUUAAGACUGCCAGGGCUGGAAAGUGUUGACCACUACCCCAUCCUGGUUGCUGUUACAGGGAUCCUGGUUCGAAUCCUGGUGGAUGGAGACAGACAGGGGAUAUCUCGAGCUGCAUCCGUCCUGCUCUCUGACCCCUGUUUCCAGCUCCACUCCAUCCAGCAUCUGUUAGGAGAGCCCAUCCCUUCAGCCACUGGAAACACAGGCUCCUCAGAACGCAAACACUUCUCCCUGCACGCAUACACAGACUACAUCAGCGAGGAGGAAAAACAGAAGGUGGAGCUGAUGUUGGCGUUUCUCACAGAGGAGUCCAAACAGGCUGCAGCCAGCACAGCUCCAACCAGUGAAGAAGACCUCUGCCCCAUCUGCUACGCUCACUCCAUCUCUGCCAUCUUCAAGCCCUGCUCACACAAGUCCUGCAAAGCCUGUAUCAACCAACAUCUGAUGAACAACAAGGACUGUUUCUUCUGCAAAGCCACCAUCACCGGGGUCGAAGACUACAGCAAGCCCACCACCUCCUAACACACACACACGCACACACA